AUGUUUGUAUCGCCAUUGCCUCGAGAUUCGGACAUCCCUUCCGUCACACCCACCGGGCAAACGGUGCUUGUAGCUAAUGCGCCGGACUCUCCGCAGCGCGAAGCUGAACAACGCCGAAGUUUCAAGAAGUAUCCUGGGGGGAAACUCUGUGGAAAAGCCACUCUCGGUGAAAAUACAGGAAACCAGUGGCGUAAAGGAGCCAGCGUGUCUUCAGUGCAACGACUAGGAUCAGUUGAUCCUGAAAACGGGGACGUGAACCUCACUGCCAGUUUAGAGACUUUUAUUGCGGGCGUCCAAGGGCAGCAGACAAAGACUCAUCCGGUCUCCGUAAUACCCCAUAAUUCCCCAUUCGAAAACGGAAGCGGAAUAGGAGAAAUACGCAUAGAUUCUGCGAAUAACUUGCACGGUAGCAGAGAGGGCGAGACUCGUGAAGGACGCGCUGGCAGUACCAUGGAUGACUACGGGCGCUCUAGCUACGCGCAGUCUGCACUUGGCUCUGUCUUCCCAGAGGCUUACGCAAAACCUUAUUCUGUAACGGGGGGAGGUGGACCUUCAGCAAUGCCAGCCUCUAGUUCGUACCAGGUAGUGCUUUCGGACGGCACUUCCUACCCGUCUGCAGUGUUUCCUGCUGCCAGCGGACGGGACGCUGCACGGAGCUCGUUUCCUCAGGCUGCAACACCCCAGAACUAUUCCUCUCCUGCUCAUGUUGCCGCAGAGAUCCCAUCAUUUCCCUACACAGAAACAAUUCACUACGCGGAGCCAGCAGCGACUGUGUCCCCAGUAGCUGGUGGAACAACGAACUACUACACGUCCUAUUACCGCCGUCAGUUCCCCGCCUCACCAAUUGUGGCAGACUCUGCAAUGGUAGGAGACGAUGGCGUGCCCGCGGUCUCUUUGCCUCACGAGAAAUACCGUAUGAGGGACCCUGCCCAUGCAACUUCGGAUCAGAAAUUUCCAAGUGAUGAGCAAGCUGAGCGCUUCACUAUUACCAGCUUAACCGAGCCAAUGUUGUUGGUGGAUGGAGUCAUGGGUCUCCCGCUUAGAGGACAGGCUCCCUCAGAUCGUGGAACAUCCCUUCUGAGCAAUCCACUUGCUCACGGAAGGGACAGUAGGCAUUUUACGGCAAAGAAAAAGCUGCUGCCUCGGCCCAUGCAGCUCAUCCACGUGAAUCGAUGGGACGGCAAGGAAGUCCUAACUGUUGACGAAGGGGCACGCCGGUGGCUGUCGGAACUUACGACGAGAUCCGUCGCCGUUAUUUCUAUAUGCGGGGAGCUUCAGACUGGAAAGUCUGGACUUGCAAACCUUCUGCUGGACGACGACGUGAUGUCCAGUACGGUUGGCUUCGCCGUCGGAUCAUCUACGGCAGCUCCAGCGAUGCAUAAAGGUUCACGCUUUGUGCAGCGAGCCGAAUCUGAUGGCAAGACUGAAGGAGUUUGGGUAUCGGCUAUCGAGGCGGAGGGCGACAAAGACAAUUUGGUGUACCUCGUCCUUGACUUUGAAGGAAUCGGGAGCAGGAGGAAAACUGUGGAGCACGAUCAACGUUUAUUCACCCUUGCUCUGCUUGUUUCCCACUUUCUGGUGUUUGUUACAAGGGGAGCUGUAGACAGCGACACCCUUUUCAGCCUGGCCUCAGCGUCAGCGUGGACGCAACGCUUGCGAGUGACCCAUGUAGGAGGCGUAGAUAGGCCAGACCAGAAACCGCCAACUCCAACUCAUGUUGGUCCACCCACAUCUCCCAGUCCAAAAGGCAAGGCGGAUGCAGCGCCUGUGGCUUCGAAGCCGGUUUCUCAUUCUCCGAACAACUGGAGGGCCCCUGCGUUGUUGUGGGUGAUCCAAGACUUUAACAUGUCCAUGGUAGAUGAACAACAAAACCCUUUAACAGCCGGUGAUUAUCUGGAAGCUCUGCUGAGCCUUACUCUCAGUAGGGACACUCAGAACCUCAGCAAGUUGGCUCAAGGGUUGGAGAAUUCUCAGAUUCGUAUGGCACGCCAGGAGGUAUCGGAUCUGUUCGAUGAUCGUGACUGUGUCACUCUGCCAUCCCCACUUGGCCAAUAUGUACCGUACCAGCAGCAGGCAUCCUCCGGCCAGACUCAAGGAAGGGCUCUGGAGGCAGUCAGCGUCUCUGAAUUUGUACCUCUUUACCAACGACGUCUUGCUCAGCUGCGCUCUCGCGUCUUUCGCGAUUGCAAAGGGAGGGCUAUGGAUGGAAUUGCACUGACAGGCAUCUCACUUACAAGAAUCCUGGAGAAACUCGUCGAAGGAAUUAAUGCUGGGGAGGUUCCAGAGAGUGUUCGUCUCCUGGGUUCCAUUCAGCAUGACGAAUGCAGGCGUUGGAAGCAAGUGUGCGAAGACGCAUUUACAAAAGAGCUUCGAGACACAUUCCAAGCAAAACUACCGGUGCCGACAAAAGAAUUGCAAGACGGAGCAGAACAGUUGCAACGCAAGUAUUCGGAGCAUUUCAAGAUCCACGCAAUCGGCGAUGAUGAGAUUCUUCGUCACUACAAGGCACAGUUAAAGGAGAAGCUUCGCCGAAUUACUGAACGGGCGCUAGAGGAGAACGAGAGACACGCCGAGUGGAAGUGCAGACAGAAGGCAAAACUCCUCAGUGACAAACUUGGCAUAGAUCAGAAAAUAAACGGGAAGUUGUACAUGGAUCUACAAGCGCUCAAUGACGACCUCGCUCUACUACGCCAGGAGUACAAUGCGGAGGCACGGGGCCCACAACAUGUUCAUCAACGCGUCCUUAACGACUACAUCGAUCAGCUGUUGUCUAAGGGUGCAAAAGCGGUUGCCGAUGCCUUGAAAGAUUUGGCCCGUGACUCAGAGCGCACCGCUGCUCUGCUGCACCAGAAGACGAUGGAUGCCGAACGGAAGAGUGAUAAAGCAGUGAAGCUUGAACAAGAGUUACAGAAUAAGGACUUUGAAGCGGAGCAGCUCCGCCGUGAGCUUGAGGAUGAGCGUGAGCAGCAGACUCUUCAAGAAGAACGCCAUAGACAGGAGACAAAGGAGCUGCGUCGUGAAUUGGCAGAACAACGCGAAACCAACCAGCGGCUGAGCGCCCUCUACCACUCACGUGUAAUGGACGAAGAUGAUGGAUACCGUUUUGGAGUGAGACGGGGCAAGCACAGCGCCGUUGGCUUAAAUGAUCAGCCUCGUUGCUUUGGCAACAAGUGCACAAUCAUGUAA